AUCCCGUCCUCCGCGUGAGCCAGGCUGGCCAUUCCUGACAGCACUUCUGUUCUGGGUUAGUCUCGAAAGGCCAGAGUCAUCUGACUGCAGCCUGGGGGCUCUCACCACAGAGCACAUGCCAUUCCCUGGGCUUGAGUGGAAAACGAGGUGGCUUUUGUACUUGUACAUGCAGAUUGAUGGGCCUCGGCGGAAAUGUGAGAUUUGAGGGAUGUGAGAAGGCCCUUAAAUCCACAUUUAACAAGCAACUAGAAUGUGCCCUGCACUGAGCUAUGUGCUAGUGAUGGGAAGAUGAAAUGGGGUCCCAGCGCAUCCUGAGACCCGUGUCGGUCUGUAGUGUCCUGAGUCUGUCCUGUCCUGGCCCUAACACCUGGAAAAGGGCCCAGCACACACUAAGUGAAGUGCUCCAUGAAUCCUUGUUGAAGGAAGACAGCUGGACCACUGAUGAAGUCUGUGUGGCCCAAAACAGAUCUGCUUUCUGGAUGCAUGGACCUGAGCCUCAGGCAGACCUCAGCUGAGCAAAUCCUUCUCUGUCCUGCUUCUUCCCUUUUCCCAGCGGGGCUUCCAAUCUGACAAGACUGCAUGGUCUGACCUGCCUCACCACCACCAGGGGACAGAAACCAGUCAAGUUUGCCUGACAUCCAUCAGCCAGGGCCUGAACACCUGGUCUCAGCCCAGCUCUGCCUGCCUUGCUGUGUGAUCUAGGCUCCCUGCCCCACGCACAGCCAUGGCCACGAUGGUGGCCCAGAAGCUCAGCCACCUCCUGCCCAGUUUGCGACAGGUCCAUCCGGAGCCUCAGCCGUCUGUGCACCCAGAGCCUGUGUUUACUGUGGACCGAGCUGAGGUGCCGCCCCUCUUCUGGAAGCCAUACAUCUACGUGGGCUACCGGCCGCUGCAUCAGACCUGGCGGUUCUACUUCCGCACACUGUUCCAGCAGCACAAUGAGGCGGUGAACGUCUGGACCCACCUGCUGGCUGCCCUGGUGCUGCUGCUGCGGCUGGCCAUCUUUGUGGGGACCGUGGACUUCUGGGGAGACCCGCAUGCCCUGCCCCUCUUCAUCAUUGUCCUGGCCUCCUUCACCUACCUCUCCCUCAGUGCCUUGGCUCACCUCCUGCAGGCCAAGUCUGAGUUCUGGCAUUACAGCUUCUUCUUCCUGGACUAUGUGGGUGUGGCCGUGUACCAGUUUGGCAGUGCCCUGGCGCACUUCUACUAUGCCAUCGAGCCCGCCUGGCAUGCCCAGGUGCAGACCAUUUUCCUGCCCAUGGCUGCCUUUCUCGCCUGGCUGUCCUGCACUGGCUCCUGCUACAACAAGUACAUCCAGAAACCCGGACUGCUGGGCCGCACUUGCCAGGAGGUGCCCUCGGUGCUGGCCUACGCGCUGGACAUCAGCCCUGUGGCGCACCGCAUCCUCUCGUCCCCGGAACCUGCCACAGACGACCCGGCUCUUCUCUACCACAAAUGCCAGGUGGUCUUCUUUCUACUGGCUGCUGCUUUCUUCUCUGCCUUCAUGCCUGAGCGCUGGUUCCCUGGCAGCUGUCACAUCUUUGGGCAGGGCCACCAGCUCUUCCAUGUUUUCUUGGUGCUGUGCACGCUGGCUCAGCUGGAAGCUGUGGCGCUAGACUAUGAGGCCCGGCGGCCCAUCUAUGAGCCUCUGCAUACCCGGUGGCCCCACAACUUCUCCGGCCUCUUCUUGCUCACCGUAGGCAGCAGCAUCCUUACCGCGUUCCUCCUGAGCCAGUUGGUACGACGCAAACUCGAUCUCGAUCAGAAGACCCAAUGAACGGUGGGGUGGCAGCUAGGAGGGGGGGAGGUGUAAUGGGGGCCCAAGGGUCCGGGCUUGGCUCCAGAUGGGAACAAGCCCUGGUAAAGUUGUUUGUGUCUGGCUCGCAAUGACUUUCUGUGUAUGCCCCAGCUGCCAAGGGUGGCACUGGCCAGUCUUUGAAUUUGCGGAUUGGCUGGAGAUGUUGGGGUCCAGUCCUGGGCCUGUCCCAGCUCCCUGCCCUGCAAGAGGGAAAGAAGGAUUUGGGACACCCUUGUUUGCCUCCCUGCAUUGUCUUUUACUUAGAAGUGAGGAUGGGGGAUCAGCUGGGGCCAAGACCCUGGUCCAGGGCUUCCAGACAAUCCGGGAGUGGGUGAAGUUGGGAUUUAGGUCAGAGUCAGAUGUGAGCUGAGAGAUGGGAAGCGUCAGCAAUACCCCCUCUAUUCAGAUUUCACUGGUGGAUAGGGAAAGGGCAGGCCCAGAAUGUGUGCAGAACCUUGAACCCCAGCCCGGAAUUUUGGUGUUCCAGAGCGUCCCCAAAAGUAGAAGAUUAUGCCAGGUAGAAAUGGAUCCCAUCCAGUGUCCCAUACUUUUUUAGUCCCUGUCCCAGACAGUGAGCCCCAACCCUCCUAGCUCAAACCUCUGUGUCCUACACAUCCUGUUCCCAGCAACUUUCCCAAUUCCCUUACUCACGAUUCAGUGUUUAUCCAUUCAGUGUUUCUUGGGCCUUUUCUCAGAGCCAGGCCACUGACUGGGCCCUGUGGAUCAAUACAGGAUGGUGAAGGCUUUAAGAUCAGAAUGAACCAUCAGGGGAAGCACUGAGGAGGGAAUAAGUAGUACUGCCUGGGACCCUCAGGGUCUCGGGUUGGGAAGGGUGAAUAGGAGUUUGCAGAUGGAAGAGGAGAAGGGUAUUCCAGGAAGAGGGAAAAACCUGUCCGAAGACUAAGAGGUGUGGAAGGGAGAGUUCACUGGGGUUGGAGUGAGGGGUAGUUUGGGCCUUGACAUGUCCUGGGUGCAAUAAAGUGACUGUGGUAACAGA